AAGACAUGAUCUGCAUGUCAACAACACAUUGAAAGUUACAGUAACGGUGACGCAGACGGUUGUAAAAGUUGUUUAUUUAUUUAUGCUUGGCACCACGACAGGUGCGUGGUCAAAAUAAUGGCCAAUAGUAAAAAAAACAUUUGAAGAUGAAGUUUCUAAAAUGUAUUUUGAUGCUCAUCUUCGAGAUAUUAUAUGAUACUCUGGAGUUCAGUGUUCGAGGUUCAGGUCCUCUGGUUGUUCCUCUGGGAGAUUCAGUUCUUCUGCCCUGUUCUGUUGAUUCAGUCUUAUCGUUGGAAAAGUUGCGAGUGGAAUGGAGAAAUACCGAUUCAGAGACUGUUGUUCAUCUGUAUCAUGAUGGAGAUAUUAGACCAGAGGCCCAGCAUGAGGAUUAUCAUGAUCGAGCUCAUUUCCUCACUGACAACUUUACACUUGGAAAUUUCUCUCUCAUGUUAAAGAAUGUGAGACAAGAAGAUAAAGGGGUUUAUAGAUGUAAAGUUUACAGUGUACAGGGUGCUGAGAAAACGUUGGUCGAAAUAAAAGAUGUUGAAUAUUUGAGAGUAUUGGGAUCAGAUCAUUCAGUGUAUGGUGGUGAUGACGUGACUCUGAACUGCUCUGUGGACUCUCACAUCCCACCUGAAGACAUUGAAGAGGUUUCAUGGAAGAAAAUAGAUAAAAAUGAAAACAUCACAGUUCUGUUCUAUCAAAACCAAGAAACUCAACCAGAAUCGUCAGAUGAGCGAUACACAGACAGAGUUGAGUUCUUCAGAGAUGAAAUCCACAGAGGAAACUUCUCUCUCAGACUGAAGAGAGUCAGAACUGAAGAUAAAGGACUUUACAUGUGUCAAGUGUUUGCUGGACGAUUCUCAGACAACACAACUGUAAUACUAAAACAACUGGGUUUCUCUUCUUUACACAUAAUGGUAUUGAUUUUGUGUAUUUCUGCAUGUGGAUCUGCUCUUCUGUUCUGCUCUCUGUUCUACUGCAGAUCAAACAACACAGGCACAAGGCUGCUGCUUCAAGUUUGUCUUUACUUUUGUCCGAAUAUUCUCAUAUUAUUGGCUUUUGUCCUCUGGGGUACUACUGAAGCAUCUUUGUAUGAGACGAUCCCUUGCUGUGUGGUUAGUUUUCUGAAGCCACUGAGGUUGCUUUGGCUCACCCCAUACAUCAUCGAUUUUCCAGGUGUUGUUAUAAGGCACAUUGAGUCUUCACAUGCUGAUCUAUAUUUUCCGGCUGUUUUGGUAACCAUGUAUUCAGCAUUGUUAGCAGAACAUUUCAGAGACAUAAACACAAACAUGAAGAAGGUUAUCUGGGUAUUGCUGGUCCUGGUGUGUCUGCUCUUUAUCAUACAAUGGGCUAAACGCUUUGAGAAGUUGCUGACAGCCAUUGGAAAAUUAUGUAUAAAACAUUAUGAAACAGUUGUAAAGCAAGCUUGCCGCUUUUUUGUGCUCCCUUCAAUUCAACUCAGCAUUCUGCUCUGCCAUUUUGUUGGCUACUGGACAAUCUCUCUCUAUCUCGAUAAAGCAGUAUGGACACUGAUGAUUGUAUUGAAUGUGACAUUAGUUUACAUUGCAUUAUUCAGAAAUGAGAAAAAAGAUUAUGUUGGACUGGUUUGUAUACUUGGAUUUCUUCAAGUGCUGUGGAUGCUCAUAUUUUCUGAUAUCGUAGUCAACAAUUCGAAGUGUUGGAUCAAAAGCAUUAUGUUCCUGUUUGGAUCUGGUCUUAUUUUAGUGUAUUCUGUGGUACUGAUGAUAGAGGUCAUACUUAUAGCAGUUAAUGGUGAACGUCUGGUGGGAGAUCUCAGAUUUCUUGUCUUCCCCUUUGAAAUCCUGUUUACCAUUCCCCUGUUUAUUUUCCCCCUUUUUACACAUUGGACACCUGUCGAUACAACAUCUAAGCAGGGUUCUCAGAACUCAGUGGAAUCUGAGGGGAAUCGUGCUACAAAGUGGGCCGAUUUGGACCAGAACCAGACAGGAGAAUCCCAUGAAAUUGAAACUCUGAGAAAUGACACUGGGAACAGUGUGAAGCUAGAUGAGAUCACCUGACCUGACAGCAUCUUCAUCUUUAGCAGAGAUUGCCCUCUACGAACUGUACGGUAUACUUUAUAAACUGACGCAGUGGGAGUUAUAAGCCAGCUUCUACCAUGGAAAUGGGAAUUGAGCUUCGCAGUGACCGGACAUUCCAAAGAAUCACUGCAAAUCAAAUGCAUACUCUCUUAAACUUGUUAUGUGUAAUGUAAACAGGUGGUGAAGGUAAAUUAACUGACUGUAUUAACUGUGUAAAUUAGGCCUAUUUACAGGACCACUUUAAUAUAGGAUUCAUGUAUUUUAUAAGACUAUGUCUUGUUAAUACCGUGUACUUUGAGCAAUUUUCGUUUUCAUUACCGGUCAGUUUUCGUAGUUUUAGAUUUUGCUGUGUUAUCACUUUCUUGAGAAUCAUAAGCUUUCACAUGUGCAUUUUAUGCUAAACCUAAAAAUAACUGUGAUUUAAAAAUAACCGUGGUUUAAGAAAGGGAUAAUCCACAGCUUGCCGUGCUUUAAAGGGUUUUAAUGCACGAUGUGGAGGAAGCAGAGUUAAUCCUUUAACGCACGGCUAGCUGUGGAUAAUACCACGGUAAUUUGCCAAGCUAAAGUUUUUAUUAAUGUUAACAGUGUAAUUUUCGAUCAAACAAGUGAAAAUGGCAGUUAUUUGGCAAGGUAAUUUCAAAUGUAAUCAAACUGACUGGACAUAUCCGUGCGUUAAAGUGCAUUUUAUAACUUGAAGGGCGUUCCGGCAGAAUCAAGUUGAGUUAAUUUGAGUUGAAUAGUCAAAGGAUUGUCUACAACAGCUUCAAAGUUCUCGGGUAUAAGAAAACAAAUGUUUUGAGCUAUUUAAUUGAUGCCUUUUGUUUGAGUUGUAUUAUUUCUCUAAAUUUUGAAGGUAUUAGGAGUUGGAGAUGUUGGUUAAAAUAUAGUUUUGUUAAUAUUGUGAGGAUGUUAACUUUUAUUUGUUCAAAUAAAUAUAGACAAUAAGAUUUAUCCUUAGAGCUAACAGAGAUGUUGCAAUCUUUUACAUAAUGUAUUUUCUUUUUUCCUUCAUGUAUUUUAUAUACGUUUCUAUAUGUCUUUAAGUAUUUUGCCAUUUUUUGUUCCGCUAAGAAUAUUUUAGAAAAAUACUCUUAAAGUCUUAUAAUCUAUAGAAUCAUUUGCACUUAAAAAACUUUUUUAUUUAUAUUUUUUGUAUGUAGAUUAUAUUUUUGUAUAUUGUAAUAAAUGUUUUUUGACAUUCCUUUUUAAA